UUUCAUCUCUGAUCGGAUCUGAUCUUCCAAUUAAUCCAUCGAAUCAAAAACAGCAAUGGAAGCUUCCUUUUCGCCAUGCAACCCCAUGGCGGAUUACCACCAGCCAGUCAAAGAGAGAAAGAGGCACGGGAACGGCGGCGGCGGAGGGACAAAAAAACCCUCCGCCGCCGGUGGUGGGGCGAAGGCCGCCACGAAGCUGUCGACCGACCGACAGAGCGUGGCGGCCCGAGAGAGGCGCCACCGGAUCAGCGACCGGUUCAAGAUCCUCCAGAGCCUCGUCCCCGGUGGCACCAAAAUGGACACCGUCUCUAUGUUGGAAGGGGCGAUUCACUACGUCAACUUCCUCAAGGCCCAGAUAUGGCUCCACGAGGCCAUGAUAAACUCGGUGUGCGACCAGAGCAACCACAGCAACAGCAACAGUAACAGCAGCAGCAACAGCAGCAACAUCGCCACCAGCAUUAACAACAACAAUGAGUAUUAUCCCGGCAACGUCGUCGUCGACCACUACCAGCUGAUGGCGGAAAACGGGCUUCCGGCGGUGGUUGACGACGAGUGGCUUCAUGCCCACUCAUCCGCCGCCGGAGUGCCCCAGGCGCAACGGGGGGUGUUUGUGGAGGCCGGUGGAGCCGUAGAUUGCGGCGGCGCUCCCUUUCAAGAGGUAGUGGAAAGCAUGUUCUAUGAUGAUGAUGAUGAUGAACUUAUGUACAACUACCCUUAAUUAGCUUGAAUUGACACAUAUAUUAAGAGCAUCAAGUUAAGUUGGGUACGUGCUGCUGAUGAUGAUGAUAAUUAAUAUAUUGUCACGAG